UUGAACAGAACAGCCCAUUGUUGUAGAUUUUAACGUCGUCGGUAAAUGCACACAACGUGCAAGUGGAUUUAAGAUAUUUUCAGUUUAAUCAUGAAUUACGUUGGGGAAAGAUGUUCGGAUUUACCAACAUGAUUUGGUUUUGUGUUUUUAUAUUUUCAGUCGUUCACAAUUCACAGUCUCUGGCAUUUUCAUGCUGUGAUACAGUGAAAGAGGAGGGAUGCAAACGCGCAUGCAAGCAGAUGGUAAUAACAGGCAACCAGAUUGAACAGAUAGAGCAGAUUAUUAAGACAUCUAAACAGUGUAGGUCAGAUCAGAUUGAGUUUUGGCGUUGUGUGAAUACAUCUGUUCCAGUUGCCCAUAGUAUAUCCCAGUGGAAUGGGAGAGCUUGUUGUGAUCUUGCUGUAAAAAGACAAUGUAAAGAGGCAUGCCAACAGUCAACAUCAAUAGAAGAAGUGGAAGAAAAAUGUAGUAAAAGUACAGAACAUCGAUUAUUUAGCUGUCUGGACAAAGAGGAGGAUGGUGCUAGAUGUUGCAGAUCUUCAAGCGAUUAUAGUUGUCAACUGGUCUGUCAAGGGAUGUUUGCUAUGGAGAGUAUGACACGACAGGAACAAAGACAAACAUUACGUGGACAGUGUCAUAGUACAAGCAGGACUAUUAUGCAGUGUUUACAACAUAAAGUCAAAUCACCAAGAGAUAGUAAUCCUAUAGAUAGUUUACCAUGUUGUUCAGUGGCUUCUGAUGAAGAAUGUAGAAAGACGUGUGUAAAAACACUAAUGACAAUGAAAAAUAAUGAACAGAUUGUAGCUGAACUAAUUAAAACAUGUGGACCUGCUUUACCUUAUGUGCCUAUCUGGGGAUGUUUUCUAUCUAACAACAGCCCUGACCCCCCAGUAGAACCUAAGAUAAUGGAUGGAUCUAGAUUACAUUGUUGCUCUAAAGCAGCUACAGAGAGAUGUAUGAACCUGUGUUCUAAGACUUUUAACACAGAGUGGUACAGCACUUGGAGAGAUUUUAACUCCAGAUGCCAAGACUUGUCUCUACCAGUAUCUAUGACUGAAGCAGCCAUGCUAAACUGUCUAGAUGAAGUGGAAGAACCAUGUAAGCUUGGUUGUAGCGGCCUUAAAUUUUGUAAAAGUUUCAACUUCCGUCCAACCCAACCUUUCAGGAGUUGUAAUGCCCAGGCUGACUCUGCAGCUGAGAAAGAAAUCAUAGAAUGGGAAAAAGGCAAUUUGAGACUUCCACAAAUGAUCAUUCCAGUGAAAGACAUUCGAGAAUGUGAGCCAGAGAUUUGGAAAGCUAUAGCUUGUGCCCUCCAUACUAAACCCUGUCACAAAAAGCCUUCACAUCUUCCUCUAUGCAGAAAUGAAUGUAUGUAUAUAUUAAACAAAUGUGUAGACCAUAGCAGAUUACAGAAAGGACAGACUGUCCAACAUCUGUGUAACAAACUAUCAGCUGAUGAAACACCUGGAUCAUGUAUAUCACUCAUGCCAUAUAUAACAGAUCCUGCUCCAAAGAUUAAUCUACAGGAAGUAACAACCCCGUGUAACCCUAACCCUUGUCCUGAAGAAGAAACCUGUUGGGUGAAUAGGAGGAAAUGUCGACAUCCAGAAAGUUGUUCACCUUACGUCUGUCAUAAAGCUUGUAGAAUGGGAGAUAUAUCAAGUGUACUGGUACCUCGUCAUUCCUAUGUCAGAAUACCAUUGUAUGUUGAGGGACAGGCAAAUGUUAGAUGUUUUGAACAUCAAGUUUGUGUUUGUGGUCAACAGAACUACCUACAUAGAUGUAAAACUAUACCAUGCUUCAGAAGAGAGAGCUGUGUCCUUGGUCAGACUUCUGUUAUAAAAGAGCAUGGUUCACAAUUUAAGCUUGAUUGUAACCAUUGUAUUUGUAACGAAGGGGAGGUAAUAUGUACCAAGCAUAAAUGUCCAUCCUCAGAAACAAAUGUUCGAUGGAGGGAUCUGCCUUGUGAAUGUUCUAGAGAUUAUCAACCUAGAUGUGGACAUAAUGGCAAGACCUAUCCUAAUCCUUGUCUGGCUGAAAGAUGUGGAAGAUUGAAAAAGAAUGAGUUAAGAGAAGGUUCUUGUUAUUCCUUUGAUGAUUGUCAAGAUAAUCCAUGUGGUGACAAUUACAGGUGCUUACCCAAGAGACAAGUUUGUCUUAGUAUUAAUUAUGAAAGCUGCCCCCAGUAUGAAUGUGUUCCAUUACAUGAGAAAUGUGACCAUCAUUACCAUGACCCAGUAUGUGAUAUUACAGGACAAGAAUAUACCAACCCUUGUCUACUGUUACAACAUAAACGAACCCUCCAUUACAGGGGACAUUGUCAGAGUGACUGUUCUACCUCAGAACCAGUAUGUGGACACAACGGAGAAACUUACCCACAUGAAUGUGCAGCAUUAGCCGCCAGAACUACUAUUGAUUAUUAUGGUGAAUGUAGAGUCAUUGGUCAAUAUAUGGGUAAUGUUUCCAAGACAACAGAUUGUUCAGAUGUCAAGUGUGUACCUGUAAAACCAGCUAAUUGUCGGCCAAUAAUCCCACCAGGGGGCUGUUGUUCUGUAUGUGCUGCUGAAUUACGCAUGUUGUACAGUGUAAAUAUGGUUGAUGUUAUGACAACAUCAAGGCCCUCUGGACCAAUCACCGUCAGCAGCAUUUUAGACGUUCUCUCACAGCAGCUAAUGGUGAGGGAAUGUGAUGUCUUUGGCUACCUCAAUGUAGAAACAGACCUAGUGGUCUUAGUUAAACCUGUAACUGCCUCACCUACUCUAUUACAGCUUGAAGCUUGCAUUAAAGAGACAGAAAGAAUAGAAUACCUCAUUCAAAAUGACAGUCCAUUGUUAAAAUCACAUGUAACAAUGACACCAUUGCUAUUAGCAACACUACGAACUCCUGGAACAGCCCUUUCUAGGGCAGGUGCUCUGUCAGGAGGAGCUGGUGCUCCAUAUCAAUCUGUUUUACUAACAGCAUUACUUGUGAUAGCAUUAGUCAGACUGACGUUUUUGUGAUAAAUACUUAAUUAUAAGCAUUAAAAUUACAAAGAAUCUCAUAUGAGGCUUGUGGUAGCCAUAAUGAAGUUACAAAAGUUAUAAAUAGUUGUGACUUGUUUCAGAAGAUUUAAGAGAUUGGAAUAACGUACCAUUUUUAAAGGACUGAAUGACUAGACCAUAAUUUUCAGUAAUUUUAGCCAUCGCUUUCAAAAUUUGUACAAAAAUAAAAGUCAACUGGUCAGCAUUGCUUUAUACCAACUGAAGAUCCUGCCACCUUAUUGGUAUGUGUUUUGGAACCAGUUUGAAGCUACUGUUUUUAUCACUGCUUUAUGGCUGAAUUUUAGUUAUUUUAUGUUGUUGUUGGUUCGAAGAAGCUGGUAUUUCUAUUUAAGAUUUUAUGAAGUAUUGUUGUUACGUAAAGUUUCUACAAUUUUCUGUUUUUUUUUUGCUUUUAUUUUGUUAAAUAUUGUUAUUAUUAAACAUAUACUUAAAGUCAGGUGCUACAAUGAUAACGGUUACAAUUCUAUAAACUAUGACUGAUACAUUGAUAUACAAAAUAAAUAUACUUAUGUAAUGAAAAUAUGCAUUGAUUUUGCAAGUUAGUCCUUUGAAAUUAAAUUAAGGCACCUAAAGUUAGAUUAAAAUAUGAAGACCUCUAUACUGACAAGCAUUCAAACAGUAUUUAUAUUGAAAGUCAUAGAUUUCAGGGAAAUUGUCAAAAUAGAAGUUAAAGCUGUUCUGAGUGGGGAAAACUUUCUGGUUCAAGUACAUGCACUUAGUCAAUAUUUGGUAAAUUUGAGACAAACUUGCAUUCACUGUAAAACUAUAUUACUUUGUUAUUUACUCCAUGUAUCAUAUAUUGAAAUUGUCAUAAAAGUGUGUCAUAAGCAUCUACUCUAUGUCUCGUUUAAAUAGAAAUAUCGGAAUUUAUAAGGAUAUUAAAUCUGUUAGAUAGGUUGUUUCAUAUUAGUCCUACAAAUCAAAUAGAAUCCUAUUUAUUAAUGUAAAACAUCUUUUCUAAAAAUAAAACAAUUUAACUUCACAAGUUUUCCAUGAUAUAGAUAUCUUUUUUGUUUGAUACUACUAGACUUCAUUGCUAACACAUGUUAAAUCAUAUUUUUCUGUCAUAUUUUUUUCAAAUACGUAUUUUCUACUGGUGCUAAUCAAUCCUGUUGAAAUUGUAAGUCGUGUUAUAUAUGAAAACCUAUUAAAGUACCAGCUCCUUGAUUGUCAAAAUUGAAGAUUAAGGACUUUUUAACAAGUUUGUUAUUUAUUAUUUUAGAGCCAUCAGUAUAUUUUUAUUUGAAAUGUUGCCCUUAUAGUUAUUCUUUUCUUUGGUCAACACAUUGGAUGCUAAUUGAAUAGGUGGGCUUAUUUUUAUGGAUAACAAAUCUAGAUUGUAGUUGUUGACAUAUACAUGUGAUUUUAUAAUACUCCUCAGAAAAUGUGAAAGUUCAUACUGUCUUUAGUUUGAUAAACUCUAUUAAUUCAUUUAUCGCCAAAACUGGUAAUUAUUUGAAGAGAUUUACAUAUGCCAUUGCAAAAUUGACAUGGGAAUUUAAUUUAUUUGUUUGAAUUUCUAAUUAGUUUAAUUUGAGUGCCACUGAAGUUUUAAAACUUGCUUCUUGUGUACUAUUAAAAUUAUUAUUCUUGUGUCUGGGUUUUUUUAAUAUAUUUUUAAAUGGCAUAAUCUAUAAAUUGCUUUUUACCUCUGGUAUAAUUUACCACAGAGGGGUAGCAAUCAAUAAAUCCUAAGGAAAGACAUACAGCUCAAUGGCAAAAGGAAAAUGGUAAAUACACAAAACUAGUGACAUAACUCCAAAAUCUUAUUGAAACUAAUUGUAAAAAUUGAAUUGAAAUUUGACACUAUACAUAAUGUUUUCAUUUUUUAAAAUGCUGAUAGAAAACUUUGUCUAUUUUCUGUCUCUUAACAUAGCAAUUUUUCACUUACUACACUGUUCUUUUGCUGUAUGAAACAUUAUGAUAGCAAAAUACCUGCUUCUGUUUUUACAGAGGGAUAUCUUUACCCACCAGAAUCAACUUAUGUACUACCAUUUAAUCUCAUUAGCAUGUCGGUUUAGUGUAUCUUGUUAUGUUUAUUUAUUAUGUUUUAUUGUCAUUUAUCUGAAAUAAACAGCAUUUUAAAAGAUGGUUACCAAAUAUUUAUAUGUAAAUAUAUUUAAUAUGAUUAAUGCAUUAUAAAUGCAAGUAAAGUAUAUUUGUGUUUAUAUAAUGAAUUGUAAAAUGGCAUUUUAUUGUAUGUUUAUAUGUUCUACUUGGUAAAUGAUUUUACUUUUAAUAACAAUACAGAAACAUUGUUCAGAUACAAUUAAACGUCUGCAUCUCCUAGCUAACAGUUUUUGUCUCAUACAAUUUGUGUGUCUGCAAAUAUGGGUUAACUAAGAAUUAUUUUUAAGUCAAUGCUGUGUUUGUACAGUUCUAUGAUAAUCAAACCUUCAAAGGGUUAUGUCAUCUAACCAUCUUAAUAUAUAAUUUAAAAACAUAGAAUUAAGAUAAGUUCAUUCCAUUAAUAAUGCAGACCAUUUCUGUGAUGAUAGAAUCUGAAAUUAUCAGUAGUAGCAACAUUGAAUGACAGGUUGCAAAAAUUUGAGAAUUAUGGGUAAUGUGUAUAAAAUAUUUUGCAGCUUACUAGAAUACAAAAGUUAUGUUUUCUCCAAGAAUAUUUGUGAAAUCUAUUUUUGGGCAUGAGUGUACAUUGUAGAACUGUUUGUGCCAUAGUGUUAAUUGUUAUUGCUGUGAUAUUUAAAUGUUUCUAAUUAAUUUUGUUCUACUUACUGUAGAAAGUGCUAAAUCAUUCAGCGUGGAUUUUUUUUAUUAGUGCUGGAAAUAUUCUACAAAUUUUAUAAUUGAUUUUAAUUUUUUAUUAAGGACAGUGAUUUGUAAGACACAAAACAUAAUUUUAUACAUGCCUGAUGUUUAAAUAUGCUGCUUGAAAAAAAUGUUUAAUACUUUUUUCAAAAUUACAUCUCAUAUAUUUUUUAUUUCUUUCUGACUAUAAAACAUUAAAUUUGACUGUUGCAGAUUUGCAUCAUUGAGAGUUCUUAAUCUGGAAAAUUUUGAUUUGAUCAGAUGAAAAAAUAUAAAGUAAUUCAUCCCGUUUUAUCAAUUAAGUUCAGAAUUACAGAAUUAAAGUCUAAAUAUUAUGAUAAUGAAAGUGUUGAAAUAUCCAUACAAACUUUGUUAUUUUCACGGACUUGUAAGAUAGGUGAAAUCUUUUUGUACAUAGACACAAUUUUUAUAUUAUUUUAUUUAUAACUGUGUACAUUUUUAAUCUGUAUAAGGUUAUAUAAACGAACCAAAGAACUUGUAAGCAUUGUAUGAUUAUUUGCACAAUAUUUGAAAGGUUUGUGCCUGACUGCAUGUAAUUUUUUGUGUGCUUGCUAUGAACUUGAGAUGAAUGUUGGGUUGAGUGUUUUAAAAGUGAAAUGACUGUGACAAGAUGACAAAAAAUUAGAAUAAUUACAAAAUAUUUAUAAAACUGAAUGGCUUUCAUAAACCCUUGCAAUCUUAUUGGUUCAGAAUAAUGACACAACUUUCAAGUUAAUUGAUUUUAAACACAAAACUUUGAGACCGUUGAAUAGUCAUGAUGAUUUAACAAUAGCCAAUUGCAUAAGAGUAAUCAAAGUUAUUAUGGUUUUAAAACUAAAAUGGGAGUGUGAUUUUUUUUCGUUAAAUAUCUGUAUAUAUGGAAAAAGACAUGCAAGGUGUUUAUUUUUAAGUAUGACCGAACAAGUGCUGUAUUUUUGUACAUCAGUAUGAAUGUUGUGCACAUUCUACGUUGCAUCUAGUCAUAAAAUAUCAUAGUGGACUAUGCAAUGUGUCAUUGCUUUGUAUAUAUAUCAUUCUGUUAUCAUAUCUAUUGUUACAAUGAAGGAGAAAAAAUAAAGUUAUUUUGUUGUGUAAA